AUGGAUUUUGCUAUGGGUUUUUCUCGAUCAAGGCAAGGACAUGAUGCAAUUUGGGUAAUUGUUGAUCGCCUGACGAAGUCUGCACAUUUUCUUCCGAUCAGGCAGACGGAUCCGGUGGAUAAGUUAGCUCAGAUAUAUGUUAAGGAAAUUGUCAGAUUACAUGGUGUGCCUAAAACUGAUGGACAGUCUAAGAAGACUAUUCAGUCCAAUAUUGGUAUGACACCUUACGAAGCUCUGUAUGGCCGAAAGUGUAGAACCCCUUUGACUCUUACUGAGGUGGAAGAUAAACAAGAAAUAGGUGCAACUUUUGUGGAUGAAACUGUUAAGAAAAUCAAUCUGAUUAAAGAAAGAUUGAAAGCUGCACUAGAUAUACAACAAAAGUAUUACAAUUUGAAGCAUAGGCUGGUGGAAUUUCAGGUUGGUGACUUUGUAUUGUUAUUGCCUGAUCAAAUGUCUGAUAUCCAUAAUAUUUUUUACGUAUCCUCUUUGAGAAAGUGGAUCUCUGACUCUAAAAAGAAACUAUCUGCUGAUGAUGUGGAGAUUCAGGAGAAUCUGCAGUUGAUUUUGGCCUAUGAUAUGCGUAAGUUAAAUAAACAGAUUCCGAUGGUUAAAGUGCAGUGGAAGCAUAGAACAGCACGAGAGGCGACUUGGGAGAAAGAGUCAGAUAUGAGACAGUUAUAUCCGCAUAUUUUCUGA